UAUCUUUUUUAGAGAUAAUUACAUUAAAAUCCACCUGUUUCCAUGUCACGCAUCACCACCCUUUGAUUCUCUCUCUCUCUCUCUCAUGAACUGAGCUCAGCUCCAAAUUCUCCACCUCUCCAUUAAUGGGUUCCUGCAUAUCCUCACAUUCUUCCAAUUCUGCCCUCAACCCAUCCAAAAUGUCCUCUUUCUCCUCUAAAACCUUUGCCAGAAAUCGAAGAGAGAAGAGAAGAGCAAAGGCUAAUAGAGAUAAAGGGCAUGAUGGGUCUUCAGAUCGCCGGCCGGCGAUCUCCGGCGGCGAUGGUGGCGGCGGGGGGGCUCCACCGCGUGCAUGGGAGGUUGUUCAUGAACGGGGCAAGUGAGGCUGCUUGCCUUUACACCCAGCAAGGGAAGAAGGGGACUAAUCAGGAUGCAAUGCUGGUUUGGGAGAAUUUUGCAUCAAGAAAUGACACUAUCUUUUGUGGAGUAUUUGACGGGCAUGGUCCUUUUGGUCAUAUGGUGGCUAGAAAAGUUCGAGAUUCUCUUCCUCUCAAAUUGUAUACCGAAUGGACAGGUAAUAUUAGUAGUCAAAACAGCCCUCGCCAAAAUGGUUUUGAUCCUUCGAAUAUGGAUUCUGAAGAGGUAGCAUCUACUAGCAUUGAUGACGAGUGGGGAAAGUCUGUGGAAGUUGAUACGAAUGAGAAACCACCUGAGAUGUAUCUGACAAUAAAACAGUCUUUUCUUAAGGCCUUCAAGUUAAUGGAUAAAGAAUUGAAACUUCACCCGACAAUUGAUUGUUUUUGCAGCGGGUCUACUGCUGUUACUAUAAUAAAGCAGGGAGAAGAUCUUGUAAUUGGAAACAUUGGAGAUUCACGGGCAAUUUUGGGCACACGAGAUACAGAUAACAGCUUGGUUGCUGUUCAGUUGACUGUGGAUUUGAAGCCAAAUCUUCCACGAGAAGCUGCCAGAAUCCAGCAAUGCAAUGGAAGAGUUUUUGCCUUGCAAGAUGAGCCUGAGGUGGCACGCGUUUGGUUGCCAAACAAUGACUCGCCUGGCUUGGCUAUGGCUAGAGCAUUCGGAGACUUCUGCUUGAAAGAUUAUGGUUUAAUUUCGGUUCCUGAUAUCUCCUAUCGCCGGCUUACAGAGAAGGAUGAAUUUAUAGUUCUUGCCACUGAUGGGAUUUGGGACGCCCUCUCCAACAAAGAAGUUGUCGAGAUUAUUGCUUCAGCACCAACUCGUGGGACUGCUGCGAGAGCUCUCGUCGAUUGUGCAGUCCGUUCUUGGCGUCUUAAAUUCCCGACGUCAAAAAUUGAUGACUGCGCUGCAGUCUGUUUGUUCUUAGAACCCCCAAAAAAUGACUGCAAUUCUUUAGGCUCGACGAGUCAAAGUGAAACCAUAAAGGAUGAUGUUCAUGAAUAUGCCACGAGCAAGACACAGAACUCUUCACUAGUAGAUUCAUAUACUGGUCUUGAUACCGAUGAGAUUGUACCGGUACCUGAUGAUCCAAAACAGGAUAAGUUGCAAGAGAGGUCCAAGUCUACAAGGAGUCUAGCAGAUUGCAUAUCAACCUCAGAGGACGAUGAAUGGUCAGCUUUAGAGGGGGUUACAAGGGUAAAUUCUCUUCUAAAUCUUCCUCGGUUCUUGUCUAGUGACAAAAAAUCCACUCGUAGGAAAUGGUUGUGAUAAGUCACAAAU